GCGCGUUGGGAAGAUGGCGCAGCGUCUGCUGAGGAGGGCGGCGCGAGGAGCGGCGGCGGCGGCGGCGGCGGCGGCGGCGGCGCUGCCUAGGCUGAAAGCGUCCCUGGCAGCUGACGUGUCCAGGCUUGGGUGCAGUUCCUCACCCAGCCAGAAAUACAUCCCCCGGAGGGCCGUGCUCUAUGUACCUGGCAAUGAUGAAAAGAAGAUAAACAAGAUUCCCUCCCUGAAUGUAGACUGUGCGGUGCUUGACUGUGAGGAUGGUGUGGCUGUGAACAAAAAGGAUGAAGCUAGAUUGAGAAUAGUCAAAACUCUAGAAGACUUUGACCUGGGCCCAACUGAAAAGUGUGUGAGGAUCAACUCGGUGUCCAGUGGUCUGGCCGAAGAAGACCUGGAGGCCAUCCUGCAGUCUCGGGUCCUUCCUUCCAGCCUCAUGCUCCCGAAGGUCGAAGGUCCUGAAGAAAUCCAGUGGUUUUCAGACAAAUUUUCAUUCUACUUAAAAGACCGAAAACUUGAACAACCUAUGAAUUUAAUCCCUUUUGUGGAAACUGCAAUGGGUUUGCUCAAUUUUAAGGCAGUGUGUGAAGGAGCAGUGAAGAACGGGCCUCGAGUGGGUCUUUUUCUAGAUGCUGUAGUUUUUGGAGGAGAAGACUUUCGAGCCAGCAUAGGUGCAACAAGUAGUAAGGAAACCCAAGAUAUCCUCUACGCUCGACAAAAGAUUAUUGUUGUAGCAAAGGCCUUCGGUCUACAGGCCAUAGAUCUGGUGUACAUCGACUUCCGGGAUGAAGAGGGGCUCCUCAGGCAGUCGAGAGAAGGAGCUGCAAUGGGAUUUACUGGUAAGCAGGUGAUACAUCCGAACCAAAUCGCGGUGGUCCAGGAGCAGUUUUCUCCCUCUGCCGAAAAAAUUAAGUGGGCUGAAGAACUGAUUGCUGCCUUUAAAGAACAUCAACAAUUAGGAAAGGGAGCCUUUACUUUCCGAGGGAGUAUGAUCGACAUGCCAUUACUGAAGCAGGCCCAGAACAUUGUUACGCUUGCCACAUCCAUCAAGGAAAAGUGAUCUGCUAAAUGAAGCUCUCAUCAGGCGGGCUGAACAUAUACAGUGGUUUUUCUUAAAGACAAACCAUUAUACUCAAGGCAACUUCUUAGUAUGCUGGAUUGGAGCCUUUCCCCGUUUACAGUUCAUGUUAAUCACAAUUUUUUUUUUUUCUUUUUUUGGUUAUCUCACUGGGGCCAGUUAUUCCUCUAAAAAUGAACUUUCUUCUUUUUGGUUCCAAGCGUGUGAUUUUACUGUUUACGGAUGUGUUCCAAGUUUGGACUUCUGAUUUCACAGGGAGAUAAAAUAGUGGGGAGAGAUGGGCUGUGAGUGAAAGUGAAGUCUUUAACAAAACAUAUUUUUCCUGAAUACGUAAACUCCCUUCACCCUGCUGAUGUUAGAUGUUUCCCACAUUGUUCAUUGUUCACAUGACACCGUAAAUAAUUUUUAAGAAAGGCCGACCUUUUAAAAAACAACAACUCAAUGAAGGGAUGGUGUUUAUUUCACUAGUAACCUGGUAAAACAACAGAGAUGGCAUAGAAAAGUUAAGGACCAUACAGGUUUAUAUACAUACCUUGUAAAAAAUAAAUCGUCAAAACUGAUUGCUUUCACCUCCACCCUCUCCCCCAAAAUGAAACCUCCCUCUCCUCAAAUUGCUAGGUGAUGACUCUGAAAGCCCUCAUCCUGGGUGAAUGCUUUUGGGUCAACUGUUACCAGCAAUUAAAAUAUAAAUGUGCAGAAACUCAAGACCA